UGGAGCCUUGGAAGGGGAGACGGUUGGCUGGUGUUGGCCUGGCCCAGUCCCCCAGGCGUGAAGAAGGCGGGGCACUCCUUGGCCGCGCCGGGUUCUCCCUUUCCCUUCUCGGGAGACAGCUCCGUGCCUGGGGAGGCCCCUCCGAGGACAAGAGACAGGGCGACAUGAGAGAUUGCACCGCCAGCUGCACUGGAGAAUUUACUGGUAGGAUAAUUCAUCCCCAAAGAGAUUGAAGUGAGCUUCAGAAUGGCAAAAGAGGAGCCCCAGAGUAUCUCAAGGGACUUGCAGGAACUGCAGAAGAAGCUGUCUCUGCUGAUAGACUCCUUCCAGAAUAACUCAAAGCUGCCCCGACACAGCAGAAUCUCACUGGACUCUGAUGAUGGAGUAUCCAGGCUGGGCAGUGCCAGCUCCAAGGUGGUGGCCUUUAUGAAGUCCCCAGUGGGUCAGUACUUGGACAGCCAUCCGUUUCUGGCCUUCACCUUGCUGGUGUUCAUUGUUAUGUCGGCCGUUCCUGUUGGAUUCUUCCUGCUCAUCGUGGUGCUUACCACCCUGGCUGCUCUGCUGGGGGUCAUAAUACUGGAAGGAUUGGUCAUCUCUGUGGGUGGCCUCUCACUGCUCUGCAUCCUCUGUGGUUUGGGCUUCGUAUCACUCGCCAUGUCGGGGAUGAUGAUAGCAUCCUAUGUAGUGGUCUCCAGCCUCAUCAGCUACUGGUUUUCUCUCAGGCCACUGACACAGCAAAACACCAAUUACGACUUUCUGCCAGCCAUGAAGUCUGCAGAUUUCAAGGGGCUUUACCAGGAAUGAGUGGCUGCUCAGAGGCCGGGCUUCUUUUCAAAUACAGCUGGAUCACACUCACCCCUUGGGAUUACGGCUUAGAAGAAGGGGGCUGGGUAGGCAAGCACUCCUUGGCUGUGUCCUCUCGCUUUUUCACUUAUUUGUAGGAUACCGCAGCAGCCAAUUUAGGGAUUGUGUUGUUCUUGUGUUGGUUCCCAUGUAAACAAGCACCAGAGAAAUGCGAUGGUUCAACAGCUCACCCUGCCCCAAGUAUGCAGACUUGACCUUGGUGGGGUCCUGGGCUUCUAGAGUCUAGCCCUUGACCCCAAAGCCUCAGGGCUUAUGUCCAACAGUCCCAUUGGGAGCAACAGUGAUUGUUUAUAGUUUUUCGUUUUCAGAAAUGAGGGCAGCUGUUAAUUUUUUCACUCAUGUGAAACAAGAUGAAAAAAAAAACAAAAAUCCAAAACAGAACAAGCUCUUCUGUUUUUGCUUUUUAUCAGAAAGAACAGCAACAUUUGGCCUCUCCAAGUUGGAAAAUAGAGUCCAAAUGUAACUUUGUGGCCAAGAGUAUUUUUUAAAAAGUCUAAAGGUGUAGUUUCCACUGUUACUGUUGAGUACUGUUAAGUGCUGUUAAUCUUUUACAUAUUUGCCCUUGGUACUUUUGUAUUGUUUUAAAGAGCUUGUCCUGUUAAGUAAUUUCUUUUCUUUUUUUUUUUUUUUAAACGGAGUUUCCCUCUUGUAGCCCAGGCUAGAGUGCAAUGGUGCAAUCUCGGCUCACUGCAACCUCCAACUCCCAGGUUCGAGUGAGUCUCGUGCCUCAACCACCCAAGUAGCUGUGUUUACAGGAACCCACCACCGUGCCCGGCUAGUUUUUUUUUGUAUUUUUUUUUAGUACACAUGGGGUUUCACCAUGUUGGUCAGGCUGGUCUCAAACUCCUGACCUCAGGAGAUCCACCUGCCUCGGCCUCCCAAAGUGCUGGGAUUACAGGCGUGAGCCACUGUGCCCAGCCUAAGCCAUUUCUUAAAAUAAAAAUGCUAAAGGACUAGUAAGUAAAAAUAAAACUUCCUAUGGGAUUUCCCAGUGGAA